AUGCUUCUCUCACUUGCUAUUACAGCUCUUGCUGUCCUUCCUGAGGUGCAGGGAGCUCCGGCAGCUUCCGAAUUCACCAACCCUCUUGUCGCCCCUCGCCGUAACUUCAAGCGCUGCGGACAGGUCUCCAAGUACUAUGGCCAACACGCAGAGGAUUGGAACACCUACAAGACUGGCGACUGGAUCAACAACUGGUGGAACAACAACACCGACUUGAUCGAGAAGAACUCUGCCGGUUUUGCUGGUGCCUUUGGACAAUGGGCCCUGGGAGACCCCGACUGGACCUGUCGUGACGAUGGAUCUAACUCAGACUGUGACUUGAACUUGUGUGACAACCGCGUUCUUAAUGGUCGUGGUGGUGAUAUUCGCCCUACCUACUACGUUCUCGAGUCUGUGAACCGUCUCCACAGCUACUUCAGCGGUCUCUCGCAGGCUUUCAACACCGCUGCUCUCGGCGCGGCUCUCUCCAAGGACUCGUGGGCUACCACCUUUUACACGGACAAGGAUGAUAAGAGUUCCGAUGACCUCAAGAACGUCCUGAACCUCAUUACCACCAUUGUUGGAAUCGGCGCUGCUUUUGCCGGCCUUGGUCCUUCCGCUAUUGCAGCAGCUGCCGGUGCUGGAUCUGCCAUCGUGACCGGUGCUAAUGGUGCCGUUGGUAUCGCCCUCGGAGACCACGCCGACGACACUUUCCAGAAAUCUGCCGACCUGGGUGGCAUUCUCAGCAACGUUGUUGUCGAGUCCCUGAAGUCCUUCACCACCGCCAACAACCAGCUUAUGGACGGCCAGAGCUACGGAAAUGCUGAUAUCCGCAGCUACAUCUCCGGCGGCGCUUUCCUUGACUUCCAAGGCGUUGAUAAGAACGCUGUUACUGACUCGAUGUCUAACAUGUUGAUCGGAACCUCUAUCAACCAGCUAUACCGCACGCAGAAGAUCUUCAUCCUGGGCGGUGGUGCCUGUGGCGACAACCAGGGCAUUGGCUCCGGUCCUCAAGAAUCGAUGAUCUGCCGCGAUGGCAAGGCCUGGUACCUUUACUACUGGCAGGAGAACUCUACUCCUUCGCUCAACUCUCACCAGUGGGGAUGGGUCAACCCCCCUCCUGGAUCUGACAAGCUCGGCCAGGCCGAGUACAAGGGUGUCAGCAAGGAAGAUAUUCUCAACUCGUCUUUCGAUGCGUGGAACGUUGCCGGAUACGACUACAAUGCCGACACUGCGGCUUCGCGUGCGCAUGAUGCUAUUGCCAGUGCCUGGGCUAGCCCCGGUUCCAAGGGUGCGUCUUGGGAGGGUAUUUUCACUGUUCCUGUUUGCGAUGUUAGCGGUGCUAUUGGUCAGAACUGGGAUCAUGGAGAGUGGAUUCUCACUCCUUACGGACAUGAGAGCCGCCCUGUUUGGUGUGGUGAUCUCUGCGGUGAUGCGGAGAAGACUAAGGCCUUUAUCAAUGCUGCUCACCUGGAUGGUUUCCACAGCCCCUGGCACCUGUGCAAGCACAAGCCUAGCUACGCAUAG